AUGGAGAGUUUGACUGUGGAGGCAAUGAAUGCGAUUUGGUGUAUAAUUCUUGUAGGAAUCGUCGGCGUAGGAUAUCAUGUGUACGGUAGAGCGGUGGUGGAGCAGUGGAGGAUGCGGAGAAGUCUAAGGAUGCAAGGCGUGAAGGGUCCUCCACCGUCGAUCUUUAACGGCAAUGAGUCGGAGAUGCAGAGAAUUCAGUCAGAGGCAGCUAAACACUACUCCGGCGAUAACAUCAUUUCUCAUGACUACUCUUCUUCUCUCUUUCCCUACUUCGAACACUGGCGAAAACAAUACGGGAGGAUGUACACAUACUCGACGGGGCUAAAGCAGCACCUUUACAUAAACCACCCGGAAAUGGUUAAGGAGCUUAGCCAAACCAACACACUUAAACUUGGCAGAAUCACUCACAUUACCAAACGCCUUAAACCCAUUCUUGGCAGUGGCAUUAUCACCUCUAAUGGACCUCACUGGGCUAAUCAACGUCGUAUCAUCGCCCAUGAGUUUACCCACGACAAAAUCAAGGGAAUGGUUGGUUUAAUGGUGGAAUCUGCAAUGCCAAUGUUGAGCAAAUGGGAAGAGAUGGUGAAAAAAGGAGGAGAAAUGGGGUGUGACAUAAGAGUAGACGAAGACCUUAAGGAUGUCACGGCCGAUGUCAUUGCUAGAGCUUGCUUUGGGAGCUCUUUUUCCAAAGGCAAAACGAUAUUCUCCAUGAUUAGGGAUCUUUUGAUUGCCAUUACUAGACGCAGCGUCCUCUUCAGAUUCAAUGGCUUCACUGAGAUGGUGUUUGGGAGUAAGAAACAUGGUGAUGUGAAUAUUGAUGAGCUCGAGAAGAAACUGGACUCAUCAAUUUGGGAAACGGUAAAGGAAAGAGAAAUGGAAUGCGUGGAAGGUGACAAGAAGGAUGUAAUGCAGUUGAUACUCGCGGGGGCGAUGCGUAGCUGCGAUGGAAACUUGUGGGACAAGUCAGCUUAUAGACGUUUUGUGGUGGAUAAUUGCAAGAACAUCUAUUUUGCCGGCCAUGAAUCAACCGCAGUCUCAGUGUCUUGGUGCCUUAUGUUCCUCGCUCUCAACCCUACCUGGCAGAAUCGAAUUCGGGAUGAAAUCUUGAGUUCUUGCAAGAAUGGCAUUCCCGAUGAAGAAUCCAUUCCCAACCUCAAAACGGUGACAAUGGUAGUCCAAGAAACAAUGAGACUAUACCCACCAGCACCUCUAGUGAUGAGAGAAGCAUCCGCAGAUAUAAGACUCGGAAACCUUGUGGUGCCAAAAGGAGUGUGCAUUUGGACUCUCAUUCCUACCUUACACCGUGACCCUGAGAUCUGGGGAGCAGACGCAAACGAGUUCAAGCCAGAGAGGUUUAGUGAAGGAAUCUCUAAAGCUUGCAAAUACCCUCAGUUAUACAUCCCGUUUGGCCUCGGACCAAGACAAUGUUUAGGCAAAAACUUUGCUAUGAUGGAAAUCAAAGUGCUUGUGUCACUUAUUGUGUCAAAGUUUAGUUUCACUCUGUCUCCGACAUAUCAACACUCUCCAAACUAUAAGCUGCUUGUUGAGCCUCAACCUGGUGUUGUCAUUAGGGUUGUUGGACAGUGA